AUGCAUCCAACGUGGUAUCAUCUUCCAGUUGAUCGUGCGAGUACGCCGAAAAUUUUAUCCAAUUUUCCUCGAACAUCUACGCCAAUUACACGCUCUAUUACACAUUAUUGCCAAAGUCCAAGACAAAAGAGGAAGUGUUCAACCGCUAAACAACUUUGUUGGUCAUCAACAGAUAUUCGUGCUUCAUCCACACAAUCUGAUGAACAUAAACAUCGAAAGAAAAAGAAAAAAGUUGACUUGAAAUAUACUAGAAGUAGUAAAAUAUCAAAACAACGUAAAAACUAUAAAAAUAAGUAUUAUACUUUUAAAUCCGGAACAUUACCUGUUUGUUUACACACGCCGUCAUCACUUGAACAUUUACAUUAUUUUACGACAAGUACGAAUAGCUGUUAUAAAACAACUCGGUCUUGUGCUCAAUAUACUCUGCCAGAACAACAACACCAACAUUCAUUAGUAAAAAUUUGGGUUGUGUAG